GCCAACUAGGGUGAGGUGAGGGUGGGCCCUGUGCCCCUGUGCGUUCCCGUGUCAGCCUCCCUCCUUGCCCACGGCGGUGGAGGCUACCCUGCUGGCGGGCCUGCAGUUGUCUUGUCCUUUUCCCACUCGUAUGAGUUGCCCCUUGUCCUGGAGACAAGUAGACUCUUCUUGAAGACCUUGGGGUGGCUCCUGAGGCCUUCUCCUCCCCUCCCCACUGGCGGGGUGGGGGUGGGAAGGAGGUGGGUGCAGCCGGCUGUGGAGCCUGAUGAUUUCCUGCCCUCACCCCGUGCUCACCACAGCUUCCUGCCUCAGGCGGGAGGGCGGGCACUGAGGAGAGGCGGGCGCCAGGCCGAGGGGCAGGUAGGCCUGGGUGCAGGGUCCAUGCAGAGGCAGCUGGUGCCCCAGACUCCAGCCCAGGCCCUGGUCUGACUGCCCUGGGAUCAAGGGUCUUCCAAAGCCAGGCUGACCCCCAAUCAGCCCAAGGAGGGAAAGGGAUCCAGGGAGCCCUCCAGGAGGGUGCGGCUGCCUCCCCUCCCCCACAACACCAGGGUCCUAGCCUGGUGCUGCUGGGCCCCUGCUCUGCUGCAGCUCUGUCCUGGGGGGUGGACAGCGAGCAGCCGGGCCUGGUCCAAGCGCUGUCAGGCAGAUGGAGCUGGCCAUCCCGCUCCCCUUGGUGCUGGGCCUCCUGCUGCUGCCCCUCUUGGCCGUGUUGCUGAUGGCACUAUGUGUGCGCUGCCGAGAGCUGCCAGACAGUGCUGCCUCCGAUAGUUUGCCAAGUAGCAUCGUGAUCAAACGGCCCCCCACACUAGCCCCCUGGCCACAGGGUAUUUCCUACUCGCCUGUUACCUCCUAUCCACCCUUGAGCCAGCCAGACCUGCUCCCUAUCCCGAGAUCCCCACAGCCCCCAGGGGGCUCCCACCGAAUGCCAUCCUCUCGGCAGGACUCAGACGGCACCAACAGUGUGGCAAGCUAUGAAAAUGAGGAGCCAGCCUGUGAAGACGAGGAUGAAGACGAGGAUGAGGACUGUCACAACGAGGGCUACUUGGUGGUGCUUCCUGACACUGUCCCGGCCACCUGCACUGCCGUCCCAGCAGCUGCUGUGCCCAGCAAACCUGGCCUCCGAGACAGCGCCUUCUCCCUGGAGUCGAGGGAAGAUUACGUGAACGUUCCUGAAAGUGAGGAGAGUGCGGACGCGUCUCUGGAUGGCAGCCGGGAAUAUGUGAACGUGUCCGAGGAGCUGCAGCCCACUGCUAGGACUGAGCCUGCCACCUUGAGUUCCCAGGAGACAGAGGAAGAGGAGGAAGAGGGCGCCCCAGAUUAUGAGAAUCUAUAGGAGCUUCACUGACUGGCUGCCCUGCCUCUCUGCCUGCCCUCUGUGUUUCAGCAUGAGGCGUGCCUGUCCCUGGAAGCUGCCUUCCUCGAGGGCUGAGCUGGGCAGCUGGCCGUGGCUCUGGGGGAGCCACUUGGCACCCCACCCUGGCUCCAGCCCAACAACAGCCUGAGAAUUUCCCCCUAAUUUAUUGUCACUUUGGGGUCCAGUCUGGGUGCCCCCAACACUGCACCUUCUGACACAGCCUGAGAAUAAAGUGUGUUGACCCCAGUCCUGCUCUGCAAUAGAAUAAAGGCUGGUGUGGUCUAUAGUGCUCUUGGUUUUUGGGGCC